AUGAAGUAUUCAACGACGAUUCAGGACAUCCCGUCUAUCAGGGGUGGGAGUUUCUUCUUCCUGGUUGCAGUUGCAGCCUACAUGCUUCUCAGCACUAUUUUGGCGGGUCUACGAUCGCCCCUCAGCCAUGUGCCAGGCCCAUGGCACACUCGGUUCUGUCGAUGGAGACUGAAGGCAAGUCGGCUUACCGGAACUCGAAUGACUUAUAUCUACAAUCUUCACCAAAAAUACGGAAAGCUGGUCAGAGUUGCCCCCAAUGAGAUUUCAUGUGUCGAUCUCGAUUCGGUCAUCCGGGUGUACAAGAUGGGUGGUGGUUUCGAGAAAGCGCAGUGGGUUGGGAAUUUCGCUGAUAAGCUCCCGGCACUUUCUCUGUCCUUUCUCACCAACAAGCAGGAAGCGAAAGAGCGACGGAAGCUGCUUCAGCGGUCCUUUACACUUGCAUCUUUGCGACAAAACUGGGAGAGUGAGAUCCGUCAGAAUGUGGAACUUGCCGUCUCGAAGAUCAAAGACGAGGCGCUGCGGGGAACUGCCAAUACUCACAAAUGGUGGACAUUGAUGGCUGCGGACAUCAUCAGUCUUCUGUCUUUUGGCCAGUCUUUCGGUAUGCUGGGAUUGGGCAAGAGCACCCUUUACAUGCGGGCAAUUGAGACCGCUUUGCUUGGAGCAGUUUUCAAAAGCGAACUCCCAGUUUUGCACUUCCUCUUCCGACUGAUUCCCAAAUCGUCGCUCCAGACAAUAUCUCGCUGCCUUGAACAGUGUGAUGCGGUGGGAAAGGUCGGGGUCGAGAAGCUUUAUCGGCAAGACGACAAGACCAGGAGUCUGUUCAAAGAAAUGAUCAUCGACUGCGAGAGGGAGGGACGGCAAUGGCUCGAUGAUGAUACUGUGCGAAUAGAGGCUGCGGGCAUGAUGGUCGCUGGGUCAGAUACCACUGCCGCAGUUUUGACUUAUCUGAUUUGGUCCGUGUUGAAGCAGGAGGAACUACAAAGAAGACUCGAGGAUGAGAUAUCUCAGCUAGGUGAUGACUUCGAUGAUAAGACGCUGGACGACUGCCCUCUUCUCAAUGCUGUAAUUCAAGAGACGCUGCGGUUAUAUCCAGCGGUUCCAUCGUCUCUACCCCGGACUGUUCCCGAGGAAGGUGCUACUCUGUCAGCUCACUACAUCCCAGCAGGUACAGUGGUUUACAGCCCUGCCUACACCCUUCACAGAGACCCAGAGAUAUUCCAUGAACCUCAUCGGUAUACCUAUCCUGUCGUCUGA